AUGGCAUUGGCGAAAUUUAGAACUUUGGAAAGAGAAAAGAGAUUUCAAAAUCCACCGAAGGAUAUGAACUCAUAUCCUUUGUUGAAGGAUGCUGUUGCACCUCAUGUGGGAUCAUUUAAUGCGUUGAUGGAUGGCCCAGAUGGAGGUUUAUUGAAUCUUGCUGUAAAAGAUAUUGGGACCAAAACAAUAUUUGACACACCAGAAACUUCUGGACGUUUAGGGAACAAAUUGAAAAUCAGAGUUGAUUCCGUGCAGUUGGCCAAACCAAGUGUUCCUGCUAACGAUAAAUUGUCGUUGAACAGAAAGACAUUUCCAAGCGAAUGUAGAGAAAGAAUGGUAACAUAUAGAUCCAGAUUAAUGUUAAAUGUCACUUGGAGUGUGAAUGAUGGGGAAGAAGUGCUGGAAGUUAGAGAAGCAGGUCAAAUACCAAUUAUGUUAAAGUCCAAUAGAUGUCAUUUGGAAAAAUUAUCCCCUAACCAGUUGGUGGAGGCCAAGGAAGAGAGUGAUGAGCUUGGUGGGUAUUUUAUUGUUAAUGGGAUUGAGAAAUUGAUUCGUAUGUUGAUUGUGCAAAGACGUAAUCAUCCCAUGGCCAUUAUUCGUCCCUCAUUUGGAAACCGUGGUGCUUCUUAUACCAAAUUUGGUAUCCAAAUAAGAUCCGUGAGACCAGAUCAGACUUCACAAACAAAUGUGUUACAUUAUUUGAAUGAUGGUAAUGUUACUUUUAGAUUUUCAUGGAGAAAAAAUGAAUUUUUGGUUCCUGUUGUGAUGAUCUUGAAAGCGUUAAUUGAAACCAAUGAUCGUGAAAUUUUUGAUGGUAUCGUUGGAAAUGAUACUGAAAAUUCGUUCUUAACUGAUCGUUUGGAAUUGUUGUUAAGAACUUACAAAACAUACAACUUGUACUCUCAACAAGAGACCUUGGCUUAUUUAGGUGACAAGUUCCGAGUUGUUUUUGGUGCAUCUCCAGAUAUGUCAGAUAUCGAGGUUGGUAAAGAAGUUUUGAAAAGAAUUGUAUUGGUUCACUUGCCUAACAAUACUGACAAGUUUAGAAUGUUAUUGUUUAUGAUUAGAAAGUUGUACUCAUUGGUCGCUGGAGAUUGUGCUCCUGAUAACCCAGAUGCGACCCAGCAUCAGGAAGUUUUGUUAGGAGGUUUUCUUUAUGGUAUGAUCAUCAAGGAGAAAAUUGAAGAGUACUUGCAGAAUAUUAAAUUACAAAUUCAAUCGGAUAUUAACCGUGGCGUUGGUAUAAACUUUGACGACAGAAAAUAUAUGACUAGGGUGUUUCUGAGAAUCAAUGAGAACAUUGGUCAAAAAUUACAAUAUUUUUUAAGUACUGGUAACUUGGUGUCCCAGUCGGGUUUGGAUUUGCAACAAGUUUCCGGUUAUACCGUUGUUGCUGAAAAGAUCAAUUUUUACCGUUUCAUCUCUCAUUUCAGAAUGGUCCAUCGUGGUUCUUUCUUUGCUGAAUUAAAAACUACUACUGUUAGAAAAUUGUUGCCUGAAUCCUGGGGGUUUCUUUGUCCUGUCCAUACCCCGGAUGGUUCUCCUUGUGGUUUGUUAAAUCAUUUGUCGCAUAAAUGUAAAAUUGCCACCGAAGCAUCAGACGUGUCACAAGUCCCCAAAGCUUUAACUCAAUUGGGUGUUUUGCCAGCAGAUUCAUUUGCUGCAGGUCCAAACUUGUGUUGCGUUCAAUUGGAUGGUAGAAUUGUUGGUUGGACAACUCAUGAACAAGGUAGAAUUGUUGCUGAUACUUUAAGAUACUGGAAGGUCAAUGGUGGCCAUGGGUUGCCGUUGGAUUUGGAAAUUGGGUAUGUUCCACCUUCAAAUAAAGGUCAGUAUCCCGGUUUGUACAUUUUUGGUGGCCGCUCUAGAAUGAUGAGACCAGUGAGAUAUUUGCCCUUGGAUAAAGAAGAUAUUGUUGGUCCAUUUGAACAAGUCUACAUGAAUGUAGCUGUGACUCCAGAAGAAAUUGAAAAUAACAUUCACAGUCAUGUUGAGUUUACGCCAACUAACAUAUUGUCGAUUUUGGCUAAUUUAACACCAUUUUCUGAUUUCAACCAAUCUCCAAGAAAUAUGUAUCAAUGUCAAAUGGGUAAGCAAACCAUGGGUACUCCUGGUACUGCAUUGGUCCAUAGAUCGGACAACAAGUUGUAUCGUUUACAAACAGGACAAACACCAAUUGUGAAAGCUAACUUGUACGACGACUAUGGAAUGGAUAAUUUCCCUAAUGGUAUGAAUGCUAUUGUUGCUGUCAUUUCAUACACUGGUUACGAUAUGGAUGAUGCGAUGAUAAUAAACAAAUCUGCUGAUGAAAGAGGUUUUGGUUAUGGUACCGUUUAUAAAACUGAAAAAGUUGAUUUGUCACAAUCAAGAAGAAGAGGUGAUCCAAUCACACAACAUUUUGGGUUUGGUACUGAUGAAUGGCCUGAGGCUUGGAAGGAAAAAUUAGAUGCUGACGGUUUGCCAUUGAUUGGUGUUAAGGUUGAAGAAGGUGAUCCAAUAGUGGCAUAUUACGAUGAUACUUUGGGUAAAACCAAAGUCAAGACUUACCAUUCAUCAGAGCCUGGAUACAUUGAAGAAGUCAAAUUAUUAGGGGACGAUAGCAAUGAGCAAGAAGGCCAACAAAUAACUAUCAAGUACAGAAUCACCAGACAGCCAUUAAUUGGAGAUAAAUUCUCGUCUAGACAUGGUCAGAAAGGUGUUUGUUCGAGAAAAUGGCCGCAAAUUGACAUGCCAUUUACUGAGUCGGGUAUGCAACCCGAUGUCAUCAUUAACCCGCACGCGUUCCCAUCGCGUAUGACAAUUGGUAUGUUUGUUGAAUCUCUUGCUGGGAAAGCCGGUGCCUUGCAUGGUAUUGCUCAAGACUCCACCCCUUGGAAAUUCAAUGAACAAGAUACGCCAGCCGAUUACUUUGGUGAGCAAUUGCUCAAAGCUGGUUACAACUACCACGGUAACGAGCCAAUGUAUUCUGGUGCCACUGGGGAAGAGUUGCGUUGUGACAUUUACAUUGGAUGUGUUUACUAUCAAAGAUUGAGACAUAUGGUCAACGAUAAGUUCCAAGUUAGAUCUACUGGGCCGGUUAAUUCGUUGACAAUGCAACCUGUUAAAGGUAGAAAGAGAUCAGGGGGUAUUCGUGUAGGUGAGAUGGAAAGAGAUGCUUUGAUUGGUCAUGGUACUUCGUUCUUGUUGCAAGAUAGAUUGUUAAAUUGUUCAGAUUAUACACAGACACCAGUCUGUCGUUCGUGUGGAUCCAUCUUGACUACCCAAACCUCGGUUCCAAGAAUUGGAAGCAUGGCAAGUAUCAGGUGUAGAAGGUGUGCAGUCAGCUUGGACAAAUACGAAGGAUAUGCUGCUGACUCAGAUAUAUGGGAAGAUGGUCAUGGUAAGAAAUUUGUCGGUGGUGACGACACCACAACAGUGGCAAUACCUUUUGUAUUGAAAUACUUGGAUAGUGAGUUAUCGGCAAUGGGUAUAAAGAUGCGUUAUAAUGUUGAGCCAAAAUAG